AUGGCCGACGAUGUCACUCAUGCACGUUUGCGACGAGCUAUGAAUCCGGCAUUUGCGCCUUGUGCCCUAGCAGCGCAGGAAUCUAUCUUGCAGUCUAACAUCGACACCUUUAUCCGGCAACUUCGAGGCUUUGCUGAGCGGAAUGAAAAGGUAAACCUUCGUCUCUGGUACAAUUACUUGACAUUCGAUCUUAUCGGGGAUCUGGCAUUUGGGGAAGGUUUUGGUCGUCUGCGGACUUCCACUUGCCACGGAUGGGUGCAUUUCGUGCUCGACAACUUCUACAUCUCCGCACUCCUACAUGUUGUCCAUCGGAGCGAAAGACCAGCAUCAUCAUAUGGCUUUGGACUCAAGAUCCGGCGUCGUAUCCAACAAGUCGGAACGGAGCGAGCCGACUUCACCGAUCCUAUGCUCAAGUCGCGACAAGAAGGGCUCAUCUCAACCGAGGAAAUCCAGCAGCAAGCAAGCAUUUUGAUGCUUGCCGGCAGCGAAACCACCUCUCUGGGCUUGGCCUUUACCACCGAUCUUCUCGUGCGACAGCGACCUGCGAUUCUGGCCCAGUUGAGGGAGGAACUUCUGGGACACGUGCAGACCAAAAGUGAGAUCACUAUCUUAUCUAUCAACGGAUUGACGUAUCUCCAGGCUGUGCUUCAAGAAUCCCUCCGGCUGUUUCCCCCAAGCAUCAACGGGUUCGCGAAAGAAACUCCACCACGUAAAGCGGUGAUCGAUGGUCACUUCAUUCCGGGAGGUUGCCUCGCUAAGUGGAGUAAUCAAAUCCUGCUCAGCUGGCCGUAAACAUCAACAAGUAUAGCACCUACCGCUCCAAAUUGAACUUCGUUCAGCCGGAAGACUUCAUUCCGGAGAGAUGGCUGGGGCAAGAUCCCCGCUUCCAGCAUGAUAUGAAAGAUGCUUUCCAGCCGUUUUCUGUCGGGCUGCGGAGCUGUAUCGGUAAAAAGUGCGCAUAUCCCCUCGUCUUUUGUCGUCAUUUCUCCUGUGACAUUUGUAAGCGAUCGCGACUAAUCAGUACCCUCAUGUAUUAGAUUCGCGUAUGACAGACACUCUCGCCGCGGGCGGCCA